UCUUGUGUCUGUGAGUUCUAUGAUGAAUAAUCGCGAGUUUCUUUGUAAUCAACAAUAUGCUUCACAUAUGUUUUUAAAGUACUAUAAAUACGUGAUAUAUCUCGAAAUUUAGCGCAUUUCACAAUUACAACUUGUGCUUCGAUGGUUUGAGUAAACUUAAAUCGGCAACUAUAAAGAUAGCAAAGAUCCAUCGACUACGUGCUGCACCCAGUCCAUAAUAUAUGUCAUCGUCAUCCUUCAAAAUGACCGAUCUACCGAUUAUGAUGAUUGAAAAACCGUCAUGGUGGAAGAGGAGGACAAACAUGGAACGAAAUCUGACCCUAGUCAUCGGCGGAAUAUUAUUGGUAUCCUCUUUUCUAGCUUUGUCCACGUUGUACUUGUACCACAGCUGCGAUAACACGGAGAGCCUUACGUCAAUAUCAAAUAAAAAUCAUGAUAUGAUUCGCAAACCAAGAAGUCUGUACCAGAAUACAGAAUACGAAAAUAAUAACACCAUUUGUCUCACUGCCGGUUGUAUAAGAGCUGCGGCUACCGUAAUCAGAAACAUGGAUUUAUCAGUAGAUCCUUGUGAUGAUUUCUAUCAGUUCGCUUGUGGUAAUUUUAAAAAAAAUAGUGUUAUCUACGAACAAAAGUCACAGUCAUCGUACACACUCACUGAUAAUAGCAUGCGGAGGAAGCUGCUAAUGAUCGUUUCCGAACCCAUUCAACCGAAUGAACAGAAACCGCUUAAAAUGGCAAAAUUACUGUAUAAAUCUUGUAUGGACAAAGAAAACAUCAAAAACGAAGAUUUGGGAGCGAUCAAGGAAAUAUUGAAAAGUCUCGGCGGAUGGCCGGUGAUAGAAGGUGAGAUAUGGAACGAUACUGAAUUCACAUGGAUGGAAAGCGUGUACAACUUGAGAUUGGCGGGCUUAAGCGUGGACUACUUUUUUUCAUUCAACGUCGAUAUAGAUAUAAAAAACAGAACGAGGAGAAUUAUUGUACUGGACCAAGCAUCACUGGGUCUCAAACAUGAACACCUGGUAAACGGAAUUUCAAACGAAUACGUGAAUGCAUACUACGAAUACAUGAUUGAUAUUGCGGAGAUGUUUGGCGCUUACAGGCCAUGGGCAGCCGCAGAGUUGGGAAAUUCAUUGGACUUUGAGGUAGAAUUGGCUAAGAUAUCGCUGUCAGAGGAAGAGCGCCAGGACGCCACUAUGCUGUAUAACCCGAUGAAAAUCUCCGAUUUACAACAAAAGUUCCCAAGCAUACCAUGGCAAGAGUAUAUGAACAAAAUGUUGAACCCUUUGACCAUACAACAAGAUGAAAUUAUAAUUGUAACUUCGCCGAAAUAUUUGUCGGACCUCGAAACUCUGCUAAGUAAUACUCCCAAAAGGGUCCAAGCAAAUUAUGUGUUUUGGAAAGUUAUUAUGGAUACUGUUGAAUUUCUGACUGAAGAAUUGAGAGAAAGAAAGUUGGAUAUUGUUAAGAUACUCAACGAAAUUGAUACAGAUACUUUAAGAAAGCCUAGAUGGAAAGAAUGUUUUGAUAACACUUAUUUAUAUUUUAAAUUCGCUAUUAUGUCGACAUACAUUCGAAAGUUUGUCAAUGAAAAUGACAAAAAGAAUGUUUUAGAAAUGGUGAAGCGUAUCAAAGAGGAAAAGUACAAAUUAUUAUCAUCAGUUGAUUGGUUGGAUGAUGAAACAAGAAAACACGCGAUAGAUAAAGUUAAAUUUAUGACCGAUUACAUUGCCUACCCUGAUGAAUUAUUGGACGAUAGCAAAUUAAAUGCGUUUUACGAAAAUCUUGAAGUCGAUAAUAAAUACGACUAUUUUACAUCAAUGUUGAAUGUGGGUAAAUUUUACACUGACUUGACAUUUUCUCUAUUAAGACAACCUGUUAACAAAUCAAAUUGGAUAUUCCAUAGUAAUUUGGCAGAUGUAAAUUCGUAUAAUAUUUUGGAAGAAAACAGUAUAGAUAUCCCCGUUGGUAUCUUGCAAGACAUUUUCUUCUCUAGCGAUCGUCCUCAGUUUAUGAAUUACGGCGGAAUCGGAACGAUAAUUGGACAUGAGAUCAACCACGGUUUUGAUACCAUGGGUAUAACAUACGAUAAACAAGGUGACUUAGUGAAUUGGUGGUCGGAGGAGGCGAAGAAUCGCUACUUGGAGAAAGCAAUGUGCAUACUAAAUCAGUAUAAAAAUUACAUGGUUCGUGAAGUCGGUCUCAAGUUGAACAGCAGUAGUACGCAGGAUGAGAACAUCGCGGAUAACAUUGGCUACAAAGAAGCGUACAAUGCGUACAACGUGUGGGCCAAACAACACGGCGUUGAACCACGGCUGCCUGGUCUACAAGAUUACACACCGCAGCAGAUGUUCUGGGUGAGUGCUGCCAAUGUAUGGUGCUCUGAAUACUCACUAGAACGACUAAAAUAUUUAAUAAUUAACGACUCUCACUCACCCGACCGUUUCCGGAUCAUCGGUUCAUUCUCCAACCUGAAAGAAUUUAGUGAAGACUUUCAGUGUAAGCUUGGCUCCUAUAUGAAUCCGGUUAAAAAGUGCCAGAUGUGGUAAGAUUGGUCUGUCGACUUUCUGACCAUGCGAGUAUUAAUAUUAUUGUUUUUAAAGCAUAUGGCAUAGUAUCUCUAAGCACGAACAAGUUGCUACAUAAUUAUAAUAUAACAUAUAUUAUGUGAAUUUGUAUACAUAAUUUUUACAUGUACCUAAUGUAAAUAUUAAAUUAACAGUAGCAAUAAAAUAUUUACAUUAUUAAGAAAA